ACACGCAAAUUGGCAAGCCAAGCUAGGUAUAAUUUGUUUGCGCAUGUGGUGGAACUUUAUGAGAACCACAGCCCUAAACCAACCCCACAUCCAUGUCCUCUCCCUAUGACUAUACUUUCAUUUCGUCACCCAUGGAAUCACCCUAUCCCUGUCUGUCUUCCAUAUUAAACUCUUGCAUAUUCUUCUAUAAAUUGGUGUGCCCAUUGCCAAGGUAAAGGGAAAAAGGAAAAACUCAAAACACAUGCCUUGAAAGAAAGUUACCAGCUGAUGAGUUCUUGAAUAAAGAAGCUGUUAAAAUGGUGCUUGGAAAUUGGUUAUACUGCUGCACAAAAUGCUUUCAGAAGCCUUCAAAUUCUGCUUCAGCUUCAAACUCCACAGAAUUAAUGGGGACAGCAGAAGAAAAUCAAGGCACCGUCUCAUCAUCUGAUAAUAAUAAUAAUUCCAAGUUAAUCCAGGAGAAGAAACCAGGAGGAUGGAGAGCUAUGCCUUAUAUCUUAGGAAAUGAGACGUUUGAAAGGUUGGCUACUUUUGGAUUGUUAGCCAACUUUAUGGUGUAUUUGAUGAGAGAAUUUCACAUGGAACAGGUGUCUGCGGCUAACGUUCUCAACAUCUGGUUGGGAAUAACCAAUUUUGCUCCUCUGCUUGGUGCUUUCAUCUCCGAUUCCUAUGUGGGCAGGUUUAGAACCAUUGCUUUUGCUUCCUGUGCAGCUUUUUUGGGAAUGGUGACUGUGACCUUAACAGCAUGGCUGCCUUAUCUCCAUCCUCCUAGAUGCCACCCAGAAGGGCACCCAUUUGGUCACUGUGAGAGUCCCACAGCAGUUCAACUCUGCGUCCUAUUCAUGGGACUUGGCCUCUUAUCUAUAGGCACCGGUGGAAUCAGGCCCUGCAGUAUUCCAUUUGGUGUCGAUCAAUUUGACCCAACAACUGAAGAUGGAAUAAAAGGGAUUAACAGCUUCUUCAAUUGGUACUACACCACUUUCACAGUAGUGAUUUUGAUCACUUCAACUGUAGUGGUUUAUAUUCAAGAUUCUAUCAGCUGGGUUGUUGGCUUUGGGAUACCUACUGUACUUAUGCUGUGCUCUAUUGUUCUCUUCUUCAUUGGAACAAGAAUUUAUGUGCAUGUAAAGCCAGAGGGAAGCAUUUUUUCGGGCAUUGCUCAGGUCAUUGUUGCUGCUUAUAGAAAGAGAGGGCUUAACCUUCCUGAUGAUGGAGUCCUGGAGGUUGAUGGGGUUCUUUAUGAUCCGCCCUUAAAGGAGACUGUAUUCUCAAAGCUCCCUCUCACAAAUCAGUACAGAUUCCUAAACAAGGCAGCUAUGAUAGAGAAAAACGACCUAAAUCCUGAUGGUUCUUGUGCAAAUCAAUGGACGCUGUGCAGUAUCCAACAGAUAGAAGAGGUGAAGUGUCUGCUCAAAAUUGGUCCAGUAUGGGCUUCUGGUAUUAUUAGCUUCACUUCCGUGUUACAGCAAGGAACAUUUACCGUAUCACAAGCCUUGAGAAUGGACAGACACCUUGGACCCAAGUUUCAAAUUCCUGCAGGUUCCAUUAGUGUUAUUUCAAUGAUAACAAUAGCAAUAUGGGUUCCAUUCUAUGACAGGAUGGUAGUACCUGCCCUUCGAAAAAUCACCAAACUCGAAGGUGGAAUCACACUUCUACAAAGAAUUGGAAUUGGGAUUCUGUUGUCCAUUCUAGCCAUGGUAGUAGCUGGAUUGAUUGAAAGGGACAGAAGGGCUGUAGCCAUUUCACACCCUGGUGGUGCACCCAUGUCAGUCAUGUGGCUAGCACCUCAACUUGUGAUAAUGGGGUUUAGUGAAGCAUUCAAUUUUAUCGGACAAAUAGAAUUCUACAACAAGGAGUUUCCUGAGCACAUGAGAAGUAUAGCUAAUUCUCUUUUCUUUUGUUCAUUUGCGGGUUCUAGCUACCUUAGCAGCUUGCUUACCACAGUGGUGCACAAAGCUACAAGAACAAGAGACCACCCAGAUUGGUUAACCAACGACCUAAAUGCUGGAAAGUUGGAUUAUUUCUACUUCCUUUUAGCAGGGAUGGGUAGCCUCAACUUUUUAUAUUUUCUGUUCUGUGCUCGCCGCUAUCACUACAAAAGCACUACUCUACAAAUAGAAGAUAAAUCCUACCAUGAUGUGGAGCUAAGCUUGAACAAAAAAGUUCCAAGCUAAGGUCAAAAAGUUCAUUUAGCCAUAUAUAGCAUAAGAUAAAGAAUUUGAAAACAAGUACUUUUAAUUCUGUUCGGUUGACUGUUGAAGAUAAAUAAGAUCGAUUUGUAGGAUAAGCCUGUAACAGAAAGCAGUGUAUGGAUUGUGUUCUACAUUUGAACAUAUAAUAUUAAAGUGCAUGCUUUUUCUCUUA